AUGUUGCUCCGCGUGCUUUCUUUCGCCGCUUUGUGGGCCAUUUCUUGUGCGCUCACAGUGUCCAACAUUGACCUGAUUCGAAAACAGGUGCAUGCACGUGACGUGCCCUAUGGCUCCGUCUUGGACGACACCAUUGCCGCCUUAUCUCUUGAAGAGAAGGACUUUAUUGACCAGCACUUGAACGAGUUGCAGCAGUACAAUGGCACGCUGUGCGAAAAAUGCCACCACAAGGUCAUCUACGCCCAGGACUUGGUCAACGAGAACCCAGACAAACUGCACUUGAUCUCGUUGAUGCUCUACGAGUACUGCUUGGUGCAAAACAAGAACAAGGACACCAAGUGCGAGUUCAUUGACUUUUUCAUCACCACAAACACCUACACCAACCCGGAAAACAAUGCGUUCUCGGGCCCCGCCGGCGGAUUCGAAGGUGCCACCUCCAUCAGCUUCUUCGACAACGACUUCAUCCAGAUGAUCAAGAACUUCAACACCUCGUCGAAGCUCUCGCUUGACUACUACUGCCACUACAAGGGAAGCUACUGCAAGUUGCCCGAGACACCAGACUUGGCGUCCAUUAUAGACUUGGACUCCAUGUGGCCCGCCAAGGAAGAAGAGUAUUUCUCUGAACCUCAGUACAAUGCCACCAGAGAACGCUUCAACGUGUUGCACGUGUCUGACUUCCACAACGAGCUCCGCUACCAGAUUGGCGCAGAAGCAAACUGUUCUCAGGGUCUCUGCUGUCUUCCUGAGUCCUACAACUCUGACUUGACCGAUAAAUCGUACAACUUCACUUCUGUGUACGAGGACGCUGGCGCCUCGGGUGAAUUGGACCUCUCGUUCUACCCACAUGCCCACUACGACGAAAACGACGCUUAUGUUGCCGGCGAAUACUACGAUAUUCCUUUGUACCGCGGCUGGAGUUUUGCAUGGACCCCAGCCUCUACCUUUGGAAACUACGAGUGUGAUCCUCCAGAAGUGUUGUUGAACAACAGUUUGUUGCACAUUGGCGGCACCAUCCCCACCAACAAAUACGAGUUUUCGCUUUUCACCGGUGAUAUCGUGGACCACGACGUUAUUCACUGUGACGCAAACACAACCAAGUUUGCCGAAAUCAGAUCGUACAAGAUCAUGAAGCACUUCUUGAAAGACAUUCCAGUCUACCCAACUUUGGGCAACCACGACACUUUCCCUUACGGCCAGUUGGCCCCUCAAAAAAUCGGCAACGUCUCUUUGAAUGAGUCGGUCUACCACUGGAACGACGAACUUAUGAGCGAACUCUGGACGUCCAACGGCUGGCUUGACGAGUCCGAAAAGGACGAGAUCAAGCAGCACUACUCUGCUUUCACCACCACAACUAAUAGAGGCCUCAAGGUGAUUUCCUUGAACUCCAACUGCUACUACCAGAAAAACUUGUAUGCCUACAUCAACAUGGAGGCCGAGCCCGAUCUUUUCGGCCAAUGGCAGUACUUGAUUGAUGAGUUGGUGGAGUCAGAGAAGAACGGCCAGAGAGUGUGGAUCUUGGCUCACAUUCCCGCAGGUGACCAGGAUGCUUUGCCAAUCCAAUCGGACAUUUUCGCCAAAAUUGUCGAAAGAUUCUCGCCUUAUACCAUCGCUAACAUUUUCUACGGCCACACACACAAGGACCAGUUCAAAGUGUUGUACGACAGCAACCUGAACCCAAUUAACAUGGCUUGGGUGUCUCAGGCCAUUACGCCAUUGGGUCCCGCCAAUCCUUCCUGGAGAUACUACGAGGUGGAGGAUGAGUCGUUCAAUAUCAUGAACGCCUACAACUAUUACUCCCCACUUAAUGAGACAUGGGUCAGUGCUUCUGCCGAGCCCAAGUGGCUCUAUGAGUACGACCCUAGAACCACGUACGACACCGAAGGCAAAUGGCCAGGGUCUUCUCCUUUGAACGCCUCUUUCUGGGACCAGUUUGUUGUGCAGCGCUUGAAGGACCAGCUGGACAUCGAGUUCAACCAGUUGUACACGAACUUGCUCUACAGAAACAAUCCGUACGUUCCAAGUUGUGCCAACAACUCGAAAAUCACAGACGACUGCUACACGAGCAACUACUGUGACAUUAUUGGCUUCAAAGUCGACGACUACAACAAGUGUGUGCAAUAG